UUUUAAUCAUCAAGCUUUUCUCUACGGGCUUUACGGCUCAGCUUAGGCCUCUGCAACUUGACACUUGUGUUCUAGUCAACCAUACUAUCACAGACCACAGUCAAUUUUCGGUUUUCUUUUUUUCAAUUUAUUUUUCGGUCUUGCGUCUCUUAACGUCUGCCAUUCGACAGUGUUUCGAAUUCCGACCGUCAAACCGACGACGUUCUGCUCUGACUUACAGACAUACGGUCCACUGGUCGGUCAUUUGUCCACCUCCGUUAUUUUUGUUGUGUAUGUGCGGUGUGUGUGCGUGCGUGUAAGUGUGUGUGUGUGUGUGUGUGUGUGUGUGCGCCCCGCGACGUUUGCAGCGUUCGCGCGAGUGUGUGUGAGUCUUGUGUUUGUGUGCGUGUUCCUUUGCGGUUCGCGCCCGCGCGUGUGUGUGUUAACCAACUCUCAUAUCGGCUAUCACUUAACAGCGGCUUAGCGACUUGAGCAAUAUAACAGCAGCAGCCACCAUCGUCGCCACCUUCUCCGGUACAUUCUCAUCUGCGAACAUAAGGUUGACGAAAGCUUUACCACCGUUUUGAUAUCACUCGACCCGAGCAACAAACCAUGUCGUCAAAAAUUGAACAGAUUCUAUUCAUCGAACCGCCGUACGAGCUCAAAUUCAAAGGUCCAUUUACUGAACCAGUGCAAACAAUAAUGUCUUUGAAAAAUCCAAGUGAAAAAAAAGUGGCUUUCAAAAUAAAAACUACUGCUCCUAAGCGUUAUUGUGUAAGACCAAAUUGUGGUGAACUUGCUCCUAAAGAAAAGACAGAAAUUUCAGUAAUAUUGCAACCAUUCGACUAUGAUGCCAAUGAGAGAAAUAAACACAAGUUUUUGGUACAGACUGUUAUUAUCGAUCCUGUUGCUGAUUAUGGUGAAGAUGGCAAAACUUUUCAGUGGAGAGAUAUUGAAGAAGGUAGAAUAAUGGAUUCUAAACUCAAAUGCUCGUUUGAAAUGCCUACAGUUGAACAGUUAUUAGAAUCAAAAAACAUUCAUGAAGAUACCACGGCUGUACCAGAAACAGAUCCUGUAGCAAAAGAGAUAGAAAAAGUAACUACUGGAGUAAUAAAAAAGUUACGUGAGGAAGAGACAAUCUUAAGACAAGAAAAUAUGAAAUUGAAAGAAGAAUUAUUGCAACUUAAAAAUGAAUUCAAACACCAGCAAUCUCAAAAACGUUCUGUUGGUGGUAGUCAGCAUUUGGAUAUGCAAAACAGAAAUGCCAAUAUCACUCUGAUGGUUGGCCUAGCGAUAGUAGUAGCAUUGUUGGGUAUUAUUGCUGGAAAAUAUGUAUUUUAAUCAAUUAGCUUAUAAACCCGUUAUGGUGCAGGUAAUUAGUUGAAGUUUAUUUGGUUAUUGUUUAUUUCUUCUGUGAAAGUUAUUUUUUUUUUUUUUUUAGUUUGUUUGAAUUUUUAAAAUGGUAAAUAUCUUUAACAGCUAAAUAUAUUGGAUUACUGUUAUUCUCUCUUUCUAUCUUUUUCUAAUAGACUAAUAUUGUAUACAAACAAAAUGUAUUAUCUUUAUUCUAAAACAUGUGUUUUAUCUGUCAGUUCCAACUGUUUGUAUUUAUUUUUUAAUAAUAAAUUAUUGUAAUCUUGUAUGUAUUAAU